AUGUUCAUUGUAUAUCUGUCUCUGAUGCAAAAAGGUAGAGUAACACAAUUACAAUACAUGAUUAAAUGCAGUAGUCCAGAUACUUUUUUUUUUCCAUUUCAGAUAAAUACCUCCUAUUUACCACCCCCAGGAAAAAAAGAAAAAGUUUUAAAGCCAGCUCUUCAGAGAAGGAAAAACAAAAUUGAGAAGUGGCACCAAGCUCAGCUGCUGGAUUCAGAGACAGUGCGAUGCUGGGGAAGCCUCGGCUCGGGCUCCGGAGACGGAGACUUCCAGAAGCCCACGUUCAACCCCUCUUGGCGCACCAGGUGGAUUCUCACAUUUUCUUCUACGUUCAGUCUCUCGUGA